AUGUCUUCAAGUUCUACAACCGUAAGCAGGGCGCGUCGCGCUGAAGCCUCCGAUUCAUCGGAGAGCAGUCUUGGGCUCUUUGACAUUUCGAAUGGCAAAUUCCGGCUCGUUAACCCCCCCCCCCCCUGCCCCAUGCCGCUCACAAACUACUCUGGCGGCGAUGAGUGUCUCAAUAUCGAGGCGUAUUUCGGGAAGGACUUCUCUCAAAAGGGUGUCGAAAUCGCCGCCGAGUGCGGCAUCCGGGAGUCGACCGUUCACGCAAUGCUCACAAACCGCGCUGACCAUAUGACCGCCAUCGCCCUAUUCAAGCUCGGGUUCAACGAAAGUUACAACAGCCACAAGACGGUUUCUGGGGAUGACAUUGGCGCGGGAUGUUAUAUCCGUCGCGCCGAUGGAAAACUGGCAAACCCUCCCAUAGGCACUCUGGGAUGCUGGGUCGAGAUCAACGUCAAAGACCACGGUUGGAUGAAGAUGGCCCUUACCAAUUACCACAUAGUCAGGCACAGCCUCGAAGGUUACACCAUGAACGUCAAGAAGGUUCAAGUUCAAGUUGGCACCCCAUUGGUUCAUCGCGGGGAUAUGAGCGACCUUGUGAAAGGUUCGGAACUUUGGACCGCGGACCAUGACGGUUUGAAAACGAAGGGCACGUCAAAGCGCCAAAAGAUGGAACAUCCUACCCGACUGAAACGCAAUUUCACCGUUGAGACCCUUCAGCGAAAGAUCCGCUCCCUUGAACGUGGUGGCAAUCCUGUUCCCGACGACUUCCGAGGGGAGUUGAACGACGCAGUUUCCUUCUUCGACAGGGGAAUGCAGUAUUUCGGUUCAGUAUUUUUCGCUUCCGGCUUUUUGAACCGGACCAGGUCCAACGGCCGACUCGACUGGGCCUUGAUCAAGCCAAUUUCCGAUGAUCGUGUUGGGGGAAUCCCAUGCCAAACGUGCAGGAUUGGAAGGCUCAAGGUAUUUUGCCGACGAGUUCCCCGACGUAUACGGAGGAAACCUAAAGCCUCAGACCCGCUCGAUACACGACCUUCGAAAAGAAGACCGUGUUUUAAAAACGGCGCCUCGACGAAGUGCACCGUUGGCAAGUUCGAAGAAAUCAAGGCGGACUGCACGAUCAACGAGGAAAAGUACAUGCCGGGCCGGAACGCGGAAGAUCGCAAGUCCACUGAGUAUAUGUUGUUGCCCCUCGGCGGCCAACCAUUUGGAAACCGUGGAGACUCUGGCUCUGUCGUUUGGGACGAGAAAGGAGGAGUCGUUGGGCUGUUGUUUACUGGACAACAGCCCCACGGAUGUAACCAAGAGUAUAGUCUGGUUACGCCAAAUGAGGAUGUCUUCGAGAGCAUCAAGGAGGGAUCUCAAGGAAACAUUCUCGACAUCCGGAUUCUCUAA